GGGCGGGGCGGUGCCGCCGCUGUUGCCGUCCGGUGCCGCAGGAGAAGGUCGCUAGCUCGCCCGCUCGCUCCGGGGGACUCCCAGGAUCUCGCUCAGCCGCUCGCACCGUCCCGAGCACUCGGGGACAUGUCGAGGUGGGCGGAGGCCCGGUGGGCCGGCGCCAGACGGCGGACGGCGGCCGCGGCACACGCGCCCUCCUCGAGCUUUCCCCGGAGACGCCUCCCUUUACACGCGCCCCGAGCCUGAAGGCACUGCCACGGCGAGGAGGCACCGAUAGGGAGCAGGACGCGCCGCUGCUGCACGGGAGCUGCACGGGAGCUGCACCGGGGGGUCUCGGGAGCUGCACCGGGAGUUUCCCCGGCCGGGGGAGGGAGGAUGAAGCUGCUGGAGAAUUCCAGCUUCGAGGCCAUCAACUCCCAGCUGACCGUGGAGACCGGCGACGCCCACAUCAUCGGCAGGAUCGAGAGCUACUCGUGCAAGCUGGCCGGGAUCGACAAGCAGCUCUUCAAGCAGUUCUGCCAGGAGGGGCAGCCCCACGCGCUCGAGGCCCUGAGCCCGCCCCAGAGCUCCGGCCUCAGCCCCGGCAGGCAGGGCGAGGGCCCGCUCAGUGACACGUGCAGCCGCAAGACGCUGUUCUACCUGAUCGCCACCCUGAACGAGGCCUUCCGGCCCGACUACGACUUCAGUGCUGCCAAGAGCCACGAGUUCAGCCGGGAGCCCAGCCUCAACUGGGUGGUGAAUGCCGUGAACUGCAGCCUCUUCUCGGCCGUGCGCGAGGAUUUCAAGGCGCUGAAGCCGCUGCUGUGGGACGCGGUGGAUGAGGAGAUCUGCCUGGCCGAGUGUGACAUCUACAGCUACAACCCCGACCUGGACUCGGAUCCCUUCGGCGAGGACGGCAGCCUCUGGUCCUUCAAUUACUUCUUCUACAACAAGCGGCUCAAGAGGAUCGUCUUCUUCACCUGCCGCUCCAUCAGUGGCUACGCCUACACCCGGCCGGACACCGGGACCGAGCUGGACAUGGACCUGGGCGAGGGCAACACCGAGAAGGGCGACAGCGGCGACCCCGAGGGCGGCGGCAUCGAGGGGGACAGGCUGCAGGUGAUGUGCAUGUGAGAUUCCCGGCAGGAUCCGAGACACCGGCAACGGAACCGGCAACGGGAACGGAACCAGCAAUGGGACUGGAAAUGGACUGGGAACCGAACCGGCACCGGCAACGGGACCGGCACUGGGAACCGAACCGGAACUGGGAACGGAACCGGGACUGGGAACCGAACCGGCACCGGGAACGGGACCGGCACUGGGAACCGAACCGGAACUGGGAACGGAACCGGGACUGGGAACCGAACUGGCACCGGGAACGGGACCGGCACUGGGAAUGGAACCGGAACUGGGAACGGAACCGGGACUGGGAACCGAACCGGCACCGGGAACGGAACCGGGACUGGGAAUGGAACCAGGACUGGGAACCAAAUGAGCAGUGGGAACGGAACCAGGAAUGGAACCGGGACUGGGAACGGAACCAGAAAUGGAACCGGGACUGGGAAAGGAACCAGGACUGGGAAAGGAACUGGGAACGGCACCAGGAAUGGAACCAGGAGUAGAACCAGCACUAGGAAAGGAACCAGGAAUAGAACCAGAACUGGGAACGGAACCAGGAGCAGAACUGGCACCAGGAAAGGAACCAGGAACGGAACCAGGACUGGCAACCAAACCAGCGAUGGCACCGGGAAUGGAGCCAGGAACAGAUCUGGGAAAGGACCCGGCCCUGUCCUGGCGCCGCUGGUCCUUCCUGAGCCGUGUCCCCCCCGGUGUCACGGUGUCCCCAUGUCCACCCCCUCCCCGGACACUGGAGCCCCCCAGGAAUCCCGGAGCCCCGGAAGCUUCGCUGCACUUUAUGGCUCCUGCCCUCGGCUGCACUGAUCCCUGUCCCACCUGCCCAGGCUCCUGACGGGCUCCAUCCGUCCAUCCCGGCCCUGCCCGGGGCAAAAUCCCCCUUCCCACCCCCAGGAACUGCCCCCUGCCCCCCAUCCCGAGUCCGUGUGUUUCAAGAGUUUGGCUUUGCUCUCCGUCUGCUCCAGCUCUGCUUUUCCUGCUGGGAUCUCACCUGGGCCAGGUGAGCCCUGUGCCUGAGGCUGGCGGGGCCCAGCUGCGCCUCCCUUGGGAUCUGGGUCUGGAUCAGGGGGAUCCCACCUGCACUUCCCUUGGGACUGGGGGGAUCUGGAUCAGGGGGAUCUGGAUAUGGGUCUGGAUCAGGAGGAUCUCACCUGCACCUCCCUUGGGACUGGGGGGAUCUGGAUCAGGGGGAUCUGGAUAUGGGUCUGGAUCAGGAGGAUCUCACCUGCACCUCCCUUGGGAUUGGGGGGAUCUGGAUCAGGGGGAUCUGGAUAUGGGUCUGGAUCAGGAGGAUCUCACCUGCACCUGCCUUGGGAUUGGGGGGAUCUGGAUCAGGGGGAUCUGGAUAUGGGUCUGGAUCAGGAGGAUCUCACCUGCACCUGCCUUGGGAUUGGGGGGAUCUGGAUCAGGGGGAUCUGGAUCAGGGGGAUCUGGAUAUGGGUCUGGAUCAGGAGGAUCUCACCUGCACCUCCCUUGGGAUCUGGGUCUGGAUCAGGGGGAUCUGGAUAGGGGUCUGGAUCAGGAGGAUCUCACCUGCACCUGCCUUGGGAUUAGGGGGAUCUGGAUAUGGGUCUGGAUCAGGAGGAUCUCACCUGCACCUGCCUUGGGAUUAGGGGAAUCUGGAUAUGGGUCUGGAUCAGGAGGAUCUCACCUGCACCUGCCUUGGGAUCUGGGUCUGGAUCAGGAGGAUCUCACCUGCACCUGCCUUGGGAUGUGGAUCAGGGGAUCCCACCUGCAGCGCCCUUGGGAUCCAGAGCAGGGGGAUCCCUCCUGCACCUCCCAUUGACCUGGGAUCUGGGGGAUCCCACCUGCAUCUCCCUUGGGAUCUGGAUCAGGGGGUCCCACCUGAGCCCUCUGUGGGCAGCGAAUUUGGGUGGAAUUCUAGAGUAGAGGAGUCCCACCUCCAUUGGGAUCUGGGAUUUGGACUGGGGGGUCCCUCUUGCACCUUCCAUGGGAAACAAAUUCCAGUGGAGUUCUAGAAUAGGGGGGUUCCAUCUCCUUUGGGAUCUGGGAUCUGGAGCAUAGGGGGGUUCUACCUGCUCCUCCCUUGGGAUCUGGAGUGAGGGGUCCCAUCUGCAGCCUCCAUGGGAAUUGAAUUCCAAUGGAAUUUGGGAGCAGGGGAGUUCCACUCUCAUCCUGGAUGGUAUCUGGAUCAGGAGGGUCCCUGACCCCCGACUGCUCCAGGUGCAGAUUCCGGGGUCUGAUUCUGGCCCUGUUCCCACUCCGGAUCCAGGGUCCGGCUGGCCACGCACAAGGAGGGGCCACUGAGCCCCCCCAAAGCCCCUCUGCCCCCCCAGUUGGGGGAAGUUCUGUGGGGAUCCUGGUGUUCCUACCAGCAGCUCUCCCAGCCCCAGGAAGUCAGUCUGUCCUCCCCCAAAUUCCCUGGGGAGAUCGCCCUAGCUCCUUCCUUCCCCCUGAACUCCUCCUGGAAAGUUGGAAUUCUACCCCGUUGCAGUGUCCUGCCAAUAAAGGAUUUCUGGGAUUUUCCCCCA